AUGAACCCCACUGGAGAAUGGCCCUACCCUUCUGGUCUCCCAGGAUGGCCUGGUGGAGAAAACGGCAACGGAAUGAUGUAUCCAGGAAUGCCUCCUCUUGGCGAAUUCCCCAACGUUCCAAACGGCUUUGCUGAUUACGCCAAUAUGCCUGGCUGGCCGGCUGGAUAUCCUAAUAUUCCAGGAGGAAUGAUGAACCCGGAGCUCUUGCGAGGACUGGCACCAGGACUUCAUCCAGGGGGAUUAUUGAAAACACCCGAUGGAAGAAAAUCGAAGAACGCGCCAGCCAUGAGCCCUGAGGACCGCAAAGUCUUCGAUGGCUCCCCACCUGGAAUGAAAAUCAACGAGGAGGACCUCUCUCCAGAAGAACGCGAGCGGAGAGAAAAAGAACGAAGUGCUCACUUAAGACUUGCGAAUAACGCGCGAGAGCGUCUCCGGGUCCGCGAUAUCAACGAGGCAUUCAAGGAGCUUGGCAGAAUGUGCCAGAUGCAUACGAAGUCGGACAAGCCACAGACGAAACUGACGAUUCUUCAACAAGCAGUUCAAGUUAUCAUGCAGUUGGAAAUUGAACUCAGAGAACGCCAUAUGAAUCAGAAGUCUGGCCUCAAACGGCGCAAUGGCGAUAUGGACUCUGCUGAGCACGAGUUGAAGCGCUUGCGCCAAAUGAGCAAUUUCUCGGGCAUGAUGAACGGCUUUAUGCAGAACUCAAUGGACGGCAAUCCGCUCGGAGAUCCGAACCAGCCGCCACAGCCGUUCGAGCUCACUCCUCCCGGACAAAAUGUCUUUCCCCAGCAACCGCAGCCACCCCAGCAGCAACCUCAACAACAGCCCCAGCAGCCGCAACAAGGGGCACCCCAACAAGCAGCUCAGACCGCGCAACCUCCAACUAGCCAACCUCAAACACCCUCAAUGGGCGAAAUCACGCACAAAGUCGAAUUUUCUGAAUAA